ACCGUUAGGUUCAACUACUUAUUAUCAAUAUCGAACAUGUUUCGAAAUAUAUGGAGAUUUCCUAUCUAAAGUAACUUCCCAUUUAUGCUGAUUUAAGAACGAUAUGUAAAGCAUUAUGAUGUUAUUGCUAACGUUCCAAAUGCACUCCAUAAAAGCAAAGAUAGAAUGGUCUUAUAUAGAAAAGUUUUGGCAUUACCAUAAUUCCUUCUCAAAUACUCAGUUCCUUUUUCUAAAUCUUUGGCGACAUGUCUUAGUCAUUCAUUUCUUUCCCGUAUCUUCUCGAGAUGCAUUUUUUAAUGUUACGACGAUUUGAUUUGCAACUCGCUUACGUGUAUAUCAGGAUUAUAUCCGUUUCUUCUCUUAAAGUUGGAAUUGUU